GCUGCUAGACCUGGAGAAAAACACAAGUCUGGUGCUUCUCAACACUCAGUUCUCCAUGGACAAGGCGCUGCCCCUCCUGCCCUCACAGGUGGAGGUGGGCGCCAUGCACUGUCGUCCCGGUAAACCCCUUCCACAGGAUCUCGAAUCUUGGAUCAAUGGCGCUGGGUCUGCGGGCGUCAUCUACUUCAGUCUGGGUUCUGUGAUGGACAGUAAGUCGUUGCCACUUGAGUAUCAGCAGAUCUUCCUCCAGGUAUUCCGCAGGUUACCUCAGCGGGUCAUCUGGAAAUUUGAGGGAGAGCUGAAGGACGUCCCCGACAACGUGAUGAUCAGCAAGUGGCUCCCCCAGCAGGAUGUUCUCGCUCAUGACAACGUGAAGGUGUUCAUCACUCACUGUGGACUCCUCAGCCUGCAGGAGACCAUCUACCACGCCAAACCUCUCCUCGCCCUCCCAUUAUUCAGUGACCAGCCCAAGAACGCUCUGAGGGCGAGAGACUCUGGCCUGGGUCACUCGUUACAGUGGGAGGAACUGACCACCGAAGUGAUUCUUGAUGCUCUCACUGACAUCCUCAACAACGUCACUGUCCAGCAAUAGUCGCCCAUCAUGUUAGGACUGAAUUG